AUGGUGCGCAGGGGGACGGCUUGUUGGGACGGCAAUGUUUGCAUUAAUUUCGCGACGGAGAUGCUGGGAUGGUUGAAGGGCGUUGUUAAGGGGGAGGGGGUGUAUAGUAUUGUUUUGAGGAAGAAGAGUGGGGUUGUGGAGGUGAGGAGGGUGAAGGAUGGGACGGGUGGGAUUGUGAGUGACGAGUUCUUGGCCUGGAGAGGGAGCGAGGGGGGAUGA